AUUUUAAUAAAAUCAUUAAUAUUUCAUUGUAAGUUAUAAUGUCUUUAGAUCAAACUGUGUGCGAAGACUCUCCAUUUUUAGAUUUAAAGGCGUUUGAGAGACGCCUCACUGAGGUUAUCGCAAGCUUACAACCGGCAACUCUACGAUGGAGGAUGUUGUUAGGUUUUAUCUCAGUUUGCACUGCUGUUGGUGCUUGGCAUUGGUUGACAGAUCCAAAUACAUCAGCUGUAUCUUUUACUCAAAGUCUUUAUAAUCAUCCAUUCUUUACGACUGCUAGUAUUAUAUUAGUAAUAUUAUUCAUGAUGGGAGUACAUAGACGUGUCAUAGCACCGAGUAUUAUUACACAAAGAGCGAGAAGCGUAUUAGGUGAUUUCAAUAUGAGUUGUGAUGAUACAGGAAAGCUUAUUCUUAAACCUAAAAGACCUGCCCAUCCACAUGAAACUUAAAAAAGACAAUGUGUGUGUGUAUACAUUGUGUAUAUAUUAAGUUAUAAGAUCUUCGCAAAUGCCUGGAUUGCUACAUAGGGUGUCCAAAAAGGAAUGUAUAUGUAUAUCGAAGAUAUUUUUAUAUAACAAUAAGUAUAUAAUUUGAUUCAUUCAAUAUUUUGUUUCUUCCGCAUAAUAUAAAGCAGAGGUAUAUAGUACAAAAUUAAAACCGUUCGAGAAUUUGUAUACGUUGGGAUCAUGCAUAAGGCAUAUGAUCAAAUGUUAUAUUUGAUACAAUUUUUACGUUUAAAAUACCUUUUUUUAUUACAUAAUAUUUAUAAGGUAAAUAGAUCAAUCGCUCGACGAAUAAUCUAAAAAUCAUAAAAAGCAUAUAUAUUUUUGCUACUAUAAUUGGAGAAAAUAAAUAUAUCUAUUUUCUAAGUCCACGCAUACAUUCGUUCUGAACGUUUCAAAGAAAUUUACCAUUUCGUAAAUUCUUUGUAUCGAGAAUUAAAUAUUGAAUUAUCGAUAAUAUUUCAAAUUAAGUUGUUCUUGUUGAUUUUUAAAUAGACAAAUUUAAAAAUUACACCGACGACGAUGUUUAAAUCGUAUUUAUUAAGUUUUAAGUUAAUUGUGUAUUGAUUUAUAUUAGCAAUUUUCUAUACGACAAAUAUCUUUGCGAAGUCAUAACUAAAAACGAUUAACUGUAAUUAUUUUUGUUUUUUGUACAUAUUGUAUAACAUUUUAGAAAAUUUUUAGAGUUAGAUAUAAUGAAGUAUUUAAUUUCUAUUGUUAACGAUUUUGAAAAGAAAAUAUCUAUUGAUUAUCACUUAAAUGUAUCGACGUAUUUCUACUUCCUCUUGUAACUUUAAUAUAAAGACAUUUUGACUUAAUAUUCUAAACGCAUGUGUAUAUAAUAGUCUUUAUAUACUUCCAUAUUUUAGUUAAGAAUUAAUGGGUUUGUUUAUACCGUGACGUCGUCAACACUUUUUUUAAAUGCUAAAUGAUUUAAAAAGUGCAAAAUGAAUUAAUCGUCGUUGUAAUCGAUAUAUA